UCCCUUAGAAUCGAAUUGCAACUUAAACCUCGACAAUAAUCCAAAAAUUUCCGAGUGGCAGUGGCUUGUGUUGUGUCGACAAAAGUCAAACAGCGUUAAUCUCAAAACUAACAAUGGCUUCAAGUAUUAGGGUUUUCUGAUUCCAAAUCUAUUGGGAUACCAAAACAAGGUUCAAUAAUUCCAUAUAUAUAUAACUCCUCUGAUAUCCAUGAAAUUAGGGAUUCUCAUCACCAGACUCGGACCCAUCUGGAUUGGACCUCAAUGUUGAGUUCUUUUUCUCACUCUCUUCUUGCUCAACGCCCCACCCUUCUCCUACCCCAUUUCUCUCCAAUUAGGGUUUUGAACCAUCACUCUACUUCUUUCCCACUCACUCGCAACUUUCGGCCCUCUCAUUCUACUCUAGAGCCUUCAAACAAAAAAUGGAAAAUAUUGUGCUUUAGGCGUGAAGAAUUUGGUUACGGAGACUCAAAACCUGAGUUUACUGAAGAUCCUAUCUAUGAAGAGUUGGCAAAACCCAAAUUGGAUGAAUCAUGUGGCAAAACAAAAGAUUGGGUUUCAAGCCUCCAAGAGGCCGCAGAUGCAGUAUUUAGAGCAAUAGGGAAACCCUGGACCGUGCCAUGGACAGCUGAGACUAUACUACAGGUGACACUCCUUUGGAUUGUCGCAUUCUGGUUCGUGGGCUCUUGGAUGAUUCCAUUCGGAGCUCACAUAGCGGGUUUCAGCAAGGAAUCUCUAACAUACAGAGGGCAGGCCUUGUACAGCCUUUUGACCGAUGUAACCGAAGGCCUUGCCGGAAUCGCAAUUCUUCAUCGUUGCCUGUCUCGCUUUUGUCCCCUUCCAUCUGAUUGGUUUAAAUUUAGCCUGAGAGGGAAUUGGCUGUUUGAUGUUGCUCUUGGGUGCCUCAUGUUUCCUUUGGUCAACCGGCUCUCAAAGUUCAACCUUGACUUAUUGCCUCUUCUGCCUUCAACACCUGUCACACUCUCGAACGUUGAGCAGUCAAUUGUAGCACGUGAUCCAAUCGCAAUGUCUUUGUAUGCACUCGUGGUUUCAGUGUGCGCUCCAGUGUGGGAGGAAAUUGUUUUCCGGGGUUUUCUUCUCCCAUCCUUGACCAAGUACAUGCCUGUAUGGUGUUCAAUCCUUGUGAGUUCAGUUGCCUUUGCUCUAGCACAUUUCAAUUUACAGAGGAUUCUACCUCUUGUUUUUCUUGGGGUGGUGAUGGGUGUAAUUUUUGCACGCUCAAGGAACCUAUUGCCAUCUAUGCUCUUGCACAGUCUUUGGAAUGGCUUCGUUUUCUUGGAUUUGAUGAAAUAGAAUUCUUGCUUUACUCUUUGCAUACCAAUCAAAGUCGGUUGGUCAUACAUUCAUAAAACACCAAAUCUGUCAAAGCAGCACAUGCAAUGGGCUAUUCUCUGUUUUCAUGCCUCCAGUAGAGUGAAAGAAGAAUUUCUAUAUUUUAGAGUGGCCAAAGGAGAUCAUUUGGGCCACUAUUGUGAUGUCUCGUACCGGCUACUGUAUUUUG